AUGGCUGCCAGGAGCCGCUUUCAUCCAGAAAGCAGAAGUCAUGAGCAGUCAGAAACCUACACACUCCGUCGGUCAAAAACCUACAACCUCCUCGUUGGUAGGUGGAAGACGUUUAGGCGCAGACGCAUAAUCUUGAUCUUGCUCGCAGCAUGGCUCCUGUACCUGUUCUUUAAGUACAUGCCAACAGAUCUUCCUCCUGUAUCUGAGCGAUACGAUCGCCGCUACGGUCGCUUGGGCCCGGGGAUACGUGGUCCGCAUGGGAGUGAACCUCAAGACACGCCCCAACAUCCCGAUCGGAGUUAUGAAGGUCCUAUAAUGUUCUACGCACUCGCGACUACCUUACAAGAGCAUGCGUGGGUCAGAGAUAUGAAAGGCAAUGUUCUCUUCGCCGUUUCAGACUUGAAAAAUGUCCCUCGGGUUCUGCCCCUGGCGUGUGCAAUGGCACAGCAUAACAGGACACGAGUUCAUCUAGCGUUUAUGGGACGUGACGCCGCCGCCUGGUCAGACAUUCGCGCCACAAAUGGGAUGGAAGAUUCAGGUUGCAACAUCAAUUUCCACGAUGCGCGACCUGACCACGCGGCUCAGUCGUCUAUACAGAGGCUGCAGGUCAGUGCAGCUGCAAGUCUGGGACACAUUCAUUCUGUCAUACAACUGCAUGCGGUUAUAAUUACAGAAAGCGAGGAUGAAUAUCUGGUCAAUGCUUUGAGGGAGAAGACAUUGUCAAAUGGUCUUUCUCUCAUCAUGCUUCCCAGCAACCCGCAGAGUUUCUCGUGGGUCUCAUUCUUGGAUGCCGCAUCCCUCUCAAAGCUCGAUAAAGUCCAGAUUGACAUCGUCAUCCAAGCGCAGCCGGGGUCUUCAGCUUCACUGAUGCGGCUUCUACGCUCGAUCAAAGACGCCGACUAUUCAGGAUGGGUGCUUCCGAGAUUGACGAUUGAACUCCCCAGCAACGUUGAUCCCUUCCUCGCUCGAUAUUUGUCAAAUUUCCGAUGGCCUGCUAAUGGCGCCGGUAGCGAGAGUAGAGUCACAAUUAAGCACAGACUGGACACGAGACUCAUGACCCCUGUUCAAGCGUCUAUGCGAACAGUCGAGUCCUUCUACCCUGCUGCAGCGAGUACUUCACACGUUCUGUUGCUCUCACCCAACAUCGAGCUCUCACCGAACUACUUCCAAUUUCUAAUGUACACUUUGCUUGAGUAUCGUUACGGAUCACAGAGAGCAGGUUUGAUCGAACUCAUGGCUGGCAUCUCGCUGGAUCUGCCUCAAUAUGGACCAGACAUGAAAACGAAGGCGCCAUAUGAAGGACGACAACUUGCGGAGCCUUUCACCCUUUGGCAAGCGCCCGCAUCCUCUGCGGUGCUCUAUUUCGGAGAUCGGUGGGUGGAAUUUCACGCUUUCCUGUCUCAUCGACUCCUCCGAGAUCCGGAGCUUAAGUCGAAGACCAAAUCCACACCACUGCUGUCACAUGAAUAUCCAGCAUGGAUGGUUCCAAUGCUUGAAAUGAUGCAAGCGCGUGGUGAUUACGUCUUGUACCCAAGUUUUAUGGAGAGGGAGGGGCUCUCAGCGGUGACAGUACACAGUGAACUUCAUCAGCCCCCGGAAGAAUACAUUGCGGAGGAAGAAGCUCAAAAAUCGGACAACGGGGCCCCAAAGAUGAGUUUGGCCGAUGAUAAAGCGCUGACGGCAGAUGACGAGAUCGCUCGACUGAUGCGUCAGGAACAGAGGUUGUCUGGCAACUCGCUUACCACUCCGCUUCUAGCGGUUACGGUACAACUACAGGCAGAUAACCUUUUAACAGGACGCAACAUUCCAUUAAUGUCCUUUCACGGUGAAAAGAGAGAAUGGGCAGAUUCCUGGGCCGUCGCGUCAAAAUUCGCAGAGGAAUUCGCAGUUUCUGUCGGAGGAUGUGCCGGUUACAAUAGUCACCAGGGCGAUACAACGGUCGGGUCGCUAUUCUGCCUUGCGGCUGGUUGA